UAUGUACAAGGGGUGCAAUGAGGAUAGAAAAUACUUCAACUCCCAGUUUGUGGCCAAGAGGCAAGGCCUCGACAUAAACCAACGUCAGACAUCUCGCUGAUUUUACACAGUGAAAUGAUAGAAUCAUCAUGAUUCGAUAAAUAAUAAUCACAAUAUAAUAUUAGAUACCUUUUUUUUUUUUUUUAAAUGUGUUGGGUAGAUUAUUGGAUUGUGAUUUGUGGCACACUGUACGCCAGACGGUACAACGUCUUGGAUGCAGAUGUGGACAAUGUGAUUUGAUUGAUUAAAUUAAAAAUAAAUAAAUUGUUUAUUUGAUUGUAAAUUGAUAUUUAAAUAUAAUGGCAUGUUCUGGAAGUGGAGUGGCUGAAUGCCUUGAUGGUGAUGGUGGUAUUGGUUUAUCUGGUUUACCAAGAAAUCCUUUAAUAUGUGGAGUUUGUCAAAAUUAUUAUGCUGAUCCAUGUUUAUUAUCGUGUUUUCAUACAUUUUGUGCAAGGUGUCUACGUGGUCCACAUAAUGAUGGAAAAAUAACAUGUCCACAUUGUGGACAAGUUACACAACUCAAGGAGGGUAGUCAUCAACCUCCAGUUGACCAGUUGAUUCGACAACUCGUUGAAAUAGCAAACAAUGAAAAUCCUGCGUGCGCAAAUUGUGACAAACGUGAUAAAACAACAAUGUUUUUUUGCAUAACAUGUGGUCAAGCAUUGUGUACCCUUUGUCGUGAACAUGCUCAUCGUGCUAAAAUGUUUGCAACACAUGAAGUUGUACAUAUGAGUAAAUGUUCAAAAGAUGGACAACGUCGUUGUUCAAAUCAUGGUGAAUUAUACAUAAUGUAUAGUCAAAGUAGUAAAACAUUAUUAUGUACAACAUGUUUUCGUGAUAUACCAGCUGAAGCUAGAAUUCAUUGUGUUGAUAUUGAUACAGCAUGGCAACAAGCAUCUAAAAAAAUGGAACGUGCUGCAAAUUCAAUAUGUGAAUUACAAGCUGGUGUUAGAGAUAGUUUAAUUGCAUUAAAAUCACAACUUGAUGAAUUACGUCAUAGUUUAGAUAAUGAAAAACGUGCAUUAAAUAAUUAUUGUCAGGGUAUGCAAGAUGCUGUUAAUAAAACUCAUGCAACAGUUAUUAGUGAACUUGAACGACAAUUUGAAGCUAAAGAACGUACUGUUAGAAAUCAAUUAUUAAAUUUAGGAUCAUCAUUACCAGUAUUACAAUUACAUUUAAUGUUAUGUACUGUUUUUACAAGUGGUGCAACAAAAUAUCAAUUUUUAGAACUUGCACAUCCAAUGAUUGAACGUCUUGGACGUGUUGCACAACUUAGACAUCCGUCCAGAUCACCAUUAUUAAAUGUACAUUCAAAAAUUAAUUAUAGAAAUGAAUUUUCACGUGCAUUACAACCAUUUAUUGGUGGACAACAACAACAGCAACAGCAACAACAGCAACAACAGCAGCAACAACAACAACAAGCAAAUAAAGAAUUAUCAUUGCUUUAUGAUCUAACACAUGGUAUUCAACAACAAGAGCCUCAAUUACUACAGAGCACAAAAACAACACCAAGAACACCAAAAUCAGUACCACCAGAUAGUGGUCCAUUUUCAAAUCAUUGUAGAACAUUUGAUUCACAAUUAAAAGAUUUAAGUCAACAAUUAAUAACAGUUAAAGAACGUCUUGGUGAAUUACAUCGUGAUGUAUCAUUAUUAAGAAGAGCAAAUACACCACCACUUGGUUCACGUUAUGAUCAUGUUGCACGUGAUUGUCGUUUACUUGAACAACAAUUAGAACAUCAUCAAGUUGAACUUGAAAGAUUACGUAAUAUAUUUGAUGCAUUAUGGGAAGAACAAUUAUGUAAAAUACAUAUUGAAAAAGAAAUAUUCCAUUCACAAAUGAAUGAUAUAUUAACACUACGUGGUGAAGUUAAACAAUUACAAAAUUUAACACAACAAUUGGAGCCAUUUGUUAAAUCAUUUUCAGCUGGUAUAAGUGCUGGUGAAUUAAGUGCUGCUGCUGCUGAUGCUGCUAGUCAUCAACAUCUUCAAGCAUUAUUAGAUCAUGUUACACGUGUACAAAUGCAAGAACAACAACAGCAACAACAGCAGCAUCAACAGCAUCAACAAAAUAGUGGUGGUUCAGUACCAACAAAAGAUUGUCGACAUUCUAAAAAUUCUGGUAGUGCUGAUAAUAUUCUCUACAUGAAAGAAUCAAAAGAAGUACCAGUACGAAGUAGAACACCAACAUCACGUGGUGUUGGUGCUGUUGUUGAUUCUGGUGGUAAUAUUAUUGUUUAUGAUACAACAAAUAAAUCAUCAGAGGGUAAACGUGGUGUAUUAAGUCAGCUAAUUGAAAAAGCACGUACAAGAGAGGAUAGAAAAAAAUCACCAGGUCGUGAAGAUAGUGGACGUGAUAGAAGUGGUUCAAGAAGAUCAAGAAAAUCACCUGAUAAUGAUAAAACAAGAACUAAAACACCACCAGGACAUUCAGCAAGUAAUAAAGUAAGAUCAUUGUAUCGUAGUCUUAAAGGUAAUAGUGGUGGUGGUGGUGGUGAUAAUAAUCAUAACAAUAAUAAUAAUGAUGCUAUUGAACAAGAAAAAAAUGAUUCACAUCAGCAGCAACAACAACAACUAACACAUUCAAAAGCUGGUGCAACAGAAGAAAGUGAGUAUCAACGUAUAUCUGAUGCAUCAACACUUUGUGAUGCUAAAAAAUCACGUGUACAAGCACAAAUACAUGCUGUACCACAAGAAGAUAAUAAACAAAAAAAAUCCCAAACAUUACCAGCAUCAUCAAAGCCAUCAUCACAAAAAUCAGUACGUGUUUAUCCAGCAAGUGAUUCUGAAGAUGUUUUUUAUCGUAAUGAUAAAGAAAAUCGUCGUCGUCGUCAUGCUAGUUGUGAUAGUUUAAGUACAACUGGUUCUGGUAAUUCACGUAGAUCAAGUAUUGGUGAAACACCAAUACGUUCAUCAUCACAAGAUAAUAAAAAAACAUUAUUUUUAUUAUUUGCACCAACACCAAAAUCAAAAUCAACAUCAACAUUAUCACAAAAACAACGUUCAUGGGAAACAUUUCCAAGACCUAAAAAUAAACGUUCACAAUCAACAACAGCUGCUGCUGAAGCUCAAGCAACUGGUCUUGGACCACUUAAAAAAGCUGAUAGUUUUGAAGGACAUGAAGAAGCUGUACGUACACUUGUUGCUGCUGUACAAGAAAAUAGAGUUCAAAGACAUAAUCAUGCACUUCAACAUCGUCAUCAUCGUAAAAGUAAAACUAAUUAAAUUUAAUAUUUAAUUAGUCUUUAAUCAGACUAAAAUAUUAAACGUUAUUUAUUUAUUUUUCUUUUUUUUUUUUUUUUGUAUUUUAAAUAAUAACAAAUCAAGAAUUACGCACAGUUGUUUUUAAAAAAUUUUAUGAAAAAAGAAAAAAACAAAUUUUAAUCAUGAAAGUAUUAUUGUUACGUUGAAAAUUCUUUUUUUAAUUUUAAUUUUCUGUUAUUGUUGUUGUUGUUGUUUUUUAAUAUUUAAAUUAAUUUUUAAAAACGUCAAAAGCUGCCAAUUAAUAAUAAAUUUAAAAAUGCAAAAAAAAAAUUAGAGCUUUAUUGUAGAAAAAAUUGAUAAAUUAAACGAAAAAAAAAAAGCUAAAAUUGAGGAGAAAAAAAAAAUUGAUAAACUAUAAUAAUAAAUAGAUAAAUUAAUGAAAAAAAAAAAAAGCACAAAAAAAAAUCACAAAUGUUUUAAAUACGUGGCGAGAUUUGAAUAUUUAAAAUUAAAAAAAAAAAAUUAAAAUAUUGUGUAGCUAGUUUAUUAUACACUGCCACUAAUAACGAAUUUAUUUAAAAAAAAAUAAAAUAAAGUUUCACUGAAAUUAAUUAAACAUAAAAUUAUUCAUAGGAAUUAAAAAAAUGUUUUAAAAUUUAAGAGGCAAUUCAGAGUAUUUUAUGUCUGAUUGUAAUUGAAAUCAAAUUUAAAAAAAUAUACACCGAAUGUGUUUAAUUAUUCGGUAAUUUUUUGGGAGGCUCAUUAUAGGGACGUUAUUAUUAAAUAAUAUAUAGUAUAUACGUGAUUGAUUAAUGAAUAUUUAAUAUAUAAAAAAAACAAAUAUAUAUAUACAAAACAAAAUGAAGAGAAUCAUUUAAAUAUUGAAAUAAAUGUUAAAGAUCAUAAAUGUAUACUCAAUUGUCAAAAACAGGCUUCAUCAAAUGAGAAGAAGAAGAUAAAAAAAAAAAAAAUAAAAAAAAACUAAA